GUCCCUAACUGGCCGGCUCCUGCGGGCGCGCGGCGGGGAAGGCCAGAGGACCUGGGCGCGGGCGAUGUGCCUCCUGAGCGUCCAAACCGGGGGUGCGGCGCGGUCACGCCCAGCGGGAACCGCAGGCGCCGAAGCCCGGGUGCUGGGCCCAGAAUCCCGCGGAAUUUUGGAUCCGAGGAAGGCGCUGGGACGCGGGACCUCGGGCGUGGGGUCCCGGGCGCUGGAUCGGCGCGGACGGGAGGCGGCGCUGGUCCCGCGGGCCAGCGGGUCUCGGGAGGGGGCGCCCGAUCCCGCGUCUCCGGCGCCGCUUCCCGGGAAGUUUCAAGUUUGAAAGUCCUGGCGGAGGGUCUGCGGCUUCCGGGACCGGAGUAGCUGAGAGGAGGGCCCCAAGCGGCCGGAGCGGCGCCAUGGAGGAGGGGGCGCCGCGGCAGGAGCCUGGACUAGAUGAGUGGCCUCGGAGUUUCCAUCUGGCUCAGGCCUGAGCUCUAAGGGGAGAGAGGCUUCCCAAACCCUGUGCGAGUCAGUCCUGGGUGCCGUCCCUUCCUCCGCCUCCAUCUGCAGUGAGCAAAGGCUGCUGGUGGCCGCUGCACCCCAUGGCUGUUCUCCACCCUCUGCUUUCCACCGGCACUGCAGCCUGGGCCGAGCCAGUGGCCCCCAGAGGAUGAGAAGGAGGUGAUCCGCCGGGCCAUCCAGAAAGAGCUGAAGAUCAAGGAGGGGGUGGAGAACCUGCGGCGCGUGGCCACAGACCGCCGCCACUUGGGCCAUGUGCAGCAGCUGCUGCGGUCCUCCAACCGCCGCCUGGAGCAGCUGCAUGGCGAGCUGCGGGAGCUGCACGCCCGAAUCCUGCUGCCCGGCCCUGGGCCUGGCCCAGCUGAGCCUGUGGCCUCAGGACCCCGGCCGUGGGCAGAGCAGCUCAGGGCUCGGCACCUAGAGGCUCUCCGGAGGCAGCUGCAUGUGGAGCUGAAGGUGAAGCAGGGGGCUGAGAACAUGACCCACACGUGCGCCAGUGGCACCCCCAAGGAGAGGAAGCUCCUGGCAGCUGCCCAGCAGAUGCUGCGGGACAGCCAGCUGAAGGUGGCCCUGCUGCGGAUGAAGAUCAGCAGCCUGGAGGCCAGUGGGUCCCCGGAGCCAGGGCCUGAGCUGCUGGCGGAGGAGCUACAGCAUCGACUGCACGUUGAGGCAGCUGUGGCUGAGGGCGCCAAGAACGUGGUGAAACUGCUUAGUAGCCGGAGAACACAGGACCGCAAGGCACUGGCUGAGGCCCAGGCCCAGCUACAGGAGUCCUCCCAGAAACUGGACCUUCUGCGCCUGGCCUUGGAGCAGCUGCUGGAGCAACUGCCUCCUGCCCACCCUUUGCGCAGCAGAGUGACCCGAGAGUUGCGGACUGCAGUGCCUGGAUACCCCCAGCCUUCAGGGACACCCGUGAAGCCCACCGCCCUAACAGGGACACUGCAGGUCCGCCUGCUGGGCUGUGAACAGUUGCUGACAGCCGUGCCUGGGCGCUCCCCAGCGGCCGCACUGGCCAGCAGCCCCUCCGAGGGCUGGCUUCGGACCAAGGCCAAGCACCAGCGUGGCCGAGGCGAGCUUGCCAGCGAGGUGCUGGCUGUGCUAAAGGUGGACAACCGUGUUGUGGGGCAGACGGGCUGGGGGCAGGUGGCCGAACAGUCCUGGGACCAGACCUUUGUCAUCCCACUGGAGCGAGCCCGUGAGCUGGAGAUUGGGGUACACUGGCGGGACUGGCGGCAGCUAUGUGGCGUGGCCUUCCUGAGACUUGAGGACUUCCUGGACAAUGCCUGUCACCAACUUUCCCUCAGCCUGGUACCGCAGGGACUGCUUUUUGCCCAGGUGACCUUCUGCGAUCCUGUCAUUGAGAGGCGGCCCCGGCUGCAGAGGCAGGAACGCAUCUUCUCUAAACGCAGAGGCCAGGACUUCCUGAGGGCUUCGCAGAUGAACCUUGGCAUGGCGGCCUGGGGGCGCCUCGUCAUGAACCUGCUGCCCCCCUGCAGCUCCCCGAGCACAAUCAGCCCCCCUAAAGGAUGCCCUCGGACCCCAACAACACUGCGAGAGGCCUCUGACCCUGCCACUCCCAGUAAUUUCCUGCCCAAGAAGACCCCCUUGGGUGAAGAGAUGACACCCCCACCCAAGCCCCCACGCCUCUACCUCCCCCAGGAGCCAACAUCCGAGGAGACUCCGCGCACCAAACGUCCCCAUAUGGAGCCUAGGACUCGACGUGGGCCAUCUCCACCAGCCUCCCCCACCAGGAAACCCCCUCGGCUUCAGGACUUCCGCUGCUUAGCUGUGCUGGGCCGGGGACACUUUGGGAAGGUCCUCCUGGUCCAGUUCAAGGGGACAGGGAAAUACUACGCCAUCAAAGCACUGAAGAAGCAGGAGGUGCUCAGCCGGGACGAGAUAGAGAGCCUGUACUGCGAGAAGCGGAUCCUGGAGGCUGUGGGCCGCACAGGGCACCCUUUCCUGCUCUCCCUCCUUGCCUGCUUCCAGACCUCCAGCCAUGCCUGCUUUGUGACUGAGUUUGUGCCUGGUGGCGACCUCAUGAUGCAGAUCCACGAGGAUGUCUUCCCCGAGCCCCAGGCCCGCUUCUACGUGGCUUGUGUUGUCCUGGGGCUGCAGUUCUUACACGAGAAGAAGAUCAUUUACAGGGACCUGAAGUUGGACAACCUUCUGCUGGAUGCCCAGGGAUUCCUGAAGAUCGCAGACUUUGGACUCUGCAAGGAAGGGAUCGGCUUCGGGGACCGGACUAGCACCUUCUGUGGCACCCCGGAGUUCCUGGCUCCCGAGGUGCUGACCCAGGAGGCAUACACACGGGCUGUGGACUGGUGGGGGCUGGGUGUGCUGCUCUACGAGAUGCUGGUGGGUGAGUGCCCGUUCCCAGGGGACACAGAGGAAGAGGUGUUUGACUGCAUUGUUAACAUGGACGCCCCCUACCCCGGCUUUCUGUCGGUGCAAGGGCUUGAGCUCAUUCAGAAGCUCCUCCAGAAGUGCCCGGAGAAGCGCCUCGGGGCAGGUGAGCAGGAUGCCGAGGAGAUCAAGGUCCAGCCAUUCUUCAGGACCACCAACUGGCAAGCCCUGCUCGCCCGCACCAUCCAGCCCCCCUUCGUGCCUACCCUGUGUGGCCCUGCGGACCUGCGCUACUUUGAGGGCGAGUUCACAGGGCUGCCGCCUGCCCUGACCCCACCUGCACCCCACAGCCUCCUCACUGCCCGCCAACAGGCCGCCUUCCGGGACUUCGACUUUGUGUCAGAGCGAUUCCUGGAACCCUGAGGGCAUCUCCUGGCACCUCUGUCCCCUUCCCCCACAGACUGUUAGAGCCUCUGCUCGUUCACCCGUGCGCCCUGCCUGGAGGUCCAGGCCUUGCUGGGUACUUAUGAGCCCUUGGGAUUCAAGGUGGCAGCCAUGGGGCCACUGUUGUGGGCUUUGCUCAGUGUCACUGGGCAAAGUGUGUCCCUUCCCCCUCCAGCUCGCCCUCCUCUACCUCCCAGCGAGACCUGGCCCAGAAAGGGUGCCGCAGCAAGGAGUGAUAUGGUUUGUCUUUUUAAGACUGGACUUGCUUUAUAUUAAAUUUGUAAAAGUG